UUCCAUUUACAUUUAGCUCAAUUUUAGCAUAUAUCAACAGAAAAGGCUUAAAUUACAAAAAUUAUGCCGUUAACAGCUUGAAAUUAUUAAACGAACGCGCUAAAGAUGGCCAGGCGCCAAAAUGCAACGUAAACACCCAAUGGACGGGUCGACAGGCAAAAACAAAUAUUGACAUAACACGUCAACGUUUGCGGCGAGAAUUCGGCAGAAAUUUUUUUUUUAUAUAUAAAACAAUAAACUAGGCACUUAACAAGUUGGCACAACGCACAGCAUGUGUUAUGGCCACAGCGCAGCACAAUACUACAACAACAACAACAACAACGGCCGCUGCUGCGACAGAGCAUGUUUCGCCGGCGGAGCGAAAACAAUCGGUCGCAUCGGCUUCCAAUUUUAACAUAAACGCGCCCAGCUGGCAAUCCUGCUACUAUUGCACGCGGGAGCACUUCAAAAGCGUCGCGGAAUUCGUCAACCAUUUGCGGAGCCGGCACUGCACGCGGGAGGGCGGCUCCUUUGUGUGCCGCUAUGGUUUCAAUGGAGUGUGUGCCUCGCUGCCGCUGGACGGCGUCUCGGAUCGUGACUACGAUGCACAUGUCGCCAAGUAUCAUGUAAACCAGCAGACGCGCGAGCUGCCCCCGGAAUGGGGCGUUUAUUCGGCGGCACAGAAUCUGCCGGCCGUGCUGAACGAUCCGCAGCGUGGCAAGCAAAGCAAUCUCUUCACCAAGAAGUGGGGCGAGCAUUUUGUGGAGCGCGUGCACAUACCAAGCACUCCACGUCUGCCGGACAUAACGCACGCCGAUUUCGCUGUCUAUCUGGGCAGCAUUGGCAAGCGCUAUCGAUGGCAUGAGCGUCGUCAGCAGCAGCAGCAGCAACAAUUGACGCCCACUACGGCUACGCCGGAGCAUUUGGGUGGUGUGCCUGUGCCGGAGAUCUUUUUGAAGUCGCAGCUGCAGCUUCAUCAUGCGGCGACAUUUGCGCAAGUCUUUCCCAACUAUAUGCAGCCAGAGGCUGGCGAGGACAACGCCAGCUGCACUGUGCAGCGCCAGCAAACGGGCAGGCAGCUGCAGGAGCAGCUCUCCCAUUAUCUGGACAUUGUGGAGGUGCGCAUAGCGCAGCAGGUGGCACAAAAGUCGGCGGCCUUCUUUCAUGCGAUGACCACACAGCAUGCCAUACUGGCGGAAAUGCAACAGGCCGCGGAGCAGGUGCGUCAGCUGCGUGCCGCUCUGGCCCAGCUGCAUGGCAGCGCCGUUGUGGACAGCUUUCGCGUGAUGCGCUUUGCGCAGCGCCGGCAGCACUAUCAUGCGACGCUGGACAAACUUCGACUGAUGGCCACCGUGCACAAGACGCAACCAAUGCUGCAGCUACUCCUGGGCACUCAGGACUAUGUGGCCGCAUUGGACUUAAUAAGCACCACCCAGGAGAUACUGGCCGCCGAGUUGUUGGGCGUGCACUGCUUUAAGCAUCUGCCCAUGCAGCUGGGCGAAAUGGAGAAGCUCAUUGACAAGAUGCUGACCACGGAAUUCGAGCGUUAUGCCGCAACAGACUUGAAUCGUCCGCUGACAGACGCCGAUUUGGAGACGGAUAGCGUCUGCGCGGAGGAGGACAAACUGGUGGCCAUUGUGAUGGGCCUGCUGCGCAAGCAGAACUUUGGCUUUGUCCAAAGCUAUCAGCAGGAGGCCAUUGCCACCAUACGGGCGAUCAUUAAGCAGCUGCUUAUCGAGCUGCUGUCGCGCGGAGAUCACGAAAUCUGCCUGACCGGCGCCGGCGAACAGUCGCUGGAGCUGACCCUGGCCGAAUGGCUGGCCAUGCUGCAGCGUGCCAGCCAUGCUCUGGUCGCCGUCCUGGAGCGCAUUAAGGCGGUCGUCUCGAUAAUGCAGCAAACAGCUGACGCCGCCGCCGGCGGCAGCAGUCCGCAUGAGCAUGCCGUCAAUCUGAUCGACUCGGAGGCCUUUCUGAGCGCUGCGCAUCACGAGCUGCUCAGCGCCCAGCUGCAACAGCUACUCCAGGCUGUCUGCCAUUAUUGUCAUGAGCGUUGCGCCAACAUUGUCUCGCCGCAAAGCCUAGAACGCUGUGCGGCCACCGAGCAGGAGCUGCUCCAACUGACGCAGGUGGUGCAGGAGUUCUGUGAGGCCACCCAGAGCAUAUGCAAUGCGCCCAGCGUGCCGCUUCAGCUGGCGCUCAAGGUGCAGGCAUCACGUUACGCACAACGCUUUCAUGCGGAGCGAAAGCAAAAGCUGGCGCUGCUCCUCGAUCAGGAACGCUGGCGUCAGGUGGACAUACCACAUGAAUUCCAGCGCAUUAUCGAACGCAUGUCGGCUGGCGACUAUGCCAAACAGGCGCCACUCGACGGCAGUCUGGUGACCAACAAUGGCAUCGACGUGAGCGGCAAUCCUGUGCUGCUCCUCGAGGGCAAACAGCCCUUUGCACUGGUAGGCGUGGCGCUUCUGCUCAUCCAAAUGCUGUACGAGUAUGGCGGAAGUGCGCACCGCCUGCCGCUACUUGCCAGCUAUCAUGCACGGAAUGUUGUGGACCUGUUGCGCUGCUUCAAUUCGCGCAGCUGCCAGCUGAUCAUUGGCGCCGGAGCGAUGCGCGUGGCCGGCCUGAAGACCAUAACAAGCACCAAUUUGGCGCUGGUGUCGCGUGCCCUGCAGCUGGUGCUGUAUUUGCUGCCGCGUCUGCGUGAGCAUUUCGAGAGCAUGAGCGGAUACGAGGCCAUCGAGCGGGACUAUCAGGGUCAUAUCAAGGAGAUCGAGCACAAGAUUCAUGGCAUUGUCUCGGAGCGUAUUACCGCACAGUUGGAGGCUUGGGAUGCACGUCCGCCGAUACCAUCGCAAACAUUUCGCCACAUCUCACGGCAUUUGGUUAAGCUGCACGAGGCCAUAGCGGGCGUGCUGCCGGAACCGCAAAUACACGAAAUCUAUGGUGUGGUCCAUCGCAAUUUCAAGGACAAGCUGCGGGAGCAACUGCUCAAGCUGAAUAUCUAUAAUAAUGGUGGGCCGCAGCACGGCGUCGUCACCUCCGAGCUGACCUUCUAUAUGGAGACAUUGCGUACGCUGAAGGCUCUGCCCGCCAAUCAGCUGGACAAUGGCAUUCUCGAGCACAUUUGGCUCUACUGAGCGCGGUAUUAUUCCAAUUGUAGUGGAUUUUUAAAAUCCAUCUAACAAUCCAAUGAAGUCUCUGUUGUUGUUCCCCCUCCUCGAGUCCUUUGUUGUGUGCCGUCCGCUCCGCUCUUUGUUUUUUAUUUAUGUAAGCCUAUUUUCUGUAUAUUUCCAGUAUGAAAUU